AAUUGUUUGUUAUCAUACUUGCGAUUGAAAAUGGAAAUAAAAAACUUGUUUUAUUUCACUAAAGCAUGCAUCAGAAUUUAUUUAUUCACUUUAAACACAUUUAGUCAGUAGGGUCCAACCAUCAUCUUAACAUCAAAAUUGACUUGAUUAUCUCAUUUGUUGCAGAAUGUCGUCAUUAAGUAACAAAGCAUGAAUGGACAAAUAUAAGUUAAGUCUAGAAUAUUUGGAUGGACUUGUGCAUUUUAUUGAGUUUACAUAGAACAACGGUAGUGGAUUUUAUCAUUAUUCAUAUCCCUGUGCGAAAUGUAGAAAUGGGAGUGGGAUGUUCACUCUUGGAGAGAUUCAUGAGCAUUUGCUCCUUAACGGUAUUGAUAAGUCAUACACACAUUGGAUUUUUCAUGAUGUGUUACACAUGCAAAAUAUGCUUGCCCUGUUCAUGCUGAGGGAACCGUCGCUGAAUGACUUAAGAGUGGCAAGAAGUACUCCUAUCAGCGCCAUCGAAGAUUUCUUCCUAUUAAUCAUGUUUUUAGGACCCAAAAAGCGGCAUUCAAUAAUAAAGUAGAAGAAGGAAGACCUUCUCAUCGAUUAAGUGGUUCAGAAGUUGAAGCGAAGGUAAUCGAUAUUAGAUGGAUAUCGGUAAAUCGAAGGGGAAGAAACGAAAAAGUUAUGGUGAUGAUUCGACUGGGAAUAUAACUACUUUGUACAAAAAAACAAUCCUAUUUGACUUGCCAUAUUGGAAGGAGUUACCAAUUCGACCUAACUUGGAUGUAAUGCAUGUUGUAAAGAAUGUUGGUGACCAUCUUUUGUCAACGAUUCUAGAAGUCAAAGAUAAAAGUAAGGAUGAUAUAAGUGCACGUGAAGAUUUGAAAAAAAUGAACAUAAUGAAAGACUUAUGGCUGAAAGAAGCGGAUGGCAAAACUAUUAAACCAAAGGCAUCAUUUACUUUAAGUCGCAAGGAGAAAGAAUUGUUCUGUCAAACAUUGCACGACUUGAAGGUUCCAACAGGGUAUAGUUCCAGAUUUAAACAUCUUGUGAACUUACAAACUUUCAAGAUAAAGGGACUAAAGUCGCAUGAUUAUCACGUCAUUAUGUGUCAGUUACUACCUGUGUUGCUACAACAUGCUUUCUCAGAGCAUAAGACGUUGCGAACUGCUAUUCAGCACAUCUGUUACUUCUUUAAUGUCCUGUGCUCGAAGACAAUUAGUGCAGAUAACAUCAUUGCUAUCAAAAAAAGUGUUAUUGUGGUAAUGUGUGUUUUGGAGAAGUUUUUUCCUCCUUCAUUUUUUGUUAUUAGCAUUCACCUUAUGGUACAUCUAGCUGAUGAAGCAUUAGCUUGCGGUCCAAUUAGAUUUCGGUGGAUGUAUCCUUUUGAAUGGUUAAUGAAGAUUUAUAAAGGAUACGUAAAGAAUACAGCACAUCCUGAAGGGUGUAUUGCAGAGCGUUACAUUGUAGAAGAAUCUAUUUUAUAUUGUAUGGAGUACAUGCCAAACGGUGAGAGAGGAAGUCACAAGCAUACGCAUCAAAGGUUCCUGGAUGAGGAUAGGGUGUGUGAUGAAGAGCCUUUGGAUAAUGGAAAGAAUAUAUACUUAACUAACAUACAACAUCAACAAGUACGUAGAUGGGUUCUACACUGCUACGAUGGAAUUUAUGAAUGGAAAAGGAAGCAUGAAAUAUAUUUAAGAACGACCACAUCAAAGGGGCAAAGAAGAAAGGGUAGUGUGUCGAAGAACAAUGAACAUGAUUUCAUCAAUUGGUUACGAAAGGAGUUGGAGUUUGUUGAGGGCGAGUUGACAGUGAAACGAUUAGUAGAUGGCCCUACAUUUAAGGCAAAGUGCUAUAACAAGUAUCGCGUGAAUGGUUUUGUAUUCUCUCCAAGUAAAUACGAGAUUACUAAGUCAACACAAAAUAGUGGGGUGUCCAUGAAAGCCAUCACUAAAUACAGGGCAAGUGCUAAAGAUAAGAAUUGCAAAGAAGAUGAGGCUACCUAUUAUUGAGUAGUAAAACAGAUAAUCGAGUUGGAUUACACUAUCUUCCGUCAAACGGUAUUUUAUUGUGAUUGGGUCAAAGUGGAAGACAAGACCAAUGGAUGCAUUGUUGAUCCCGAGUCAAAUUUGGUAAUGGUAAAUAUGGAGAAAUUGAAAGGACAUGAGAAGGAAGGAGAUGAACCAUUCAUACUUGCAUCCCAAGCAAGUCAAGUAUUCUACUCCAAGGAUCAAACAAGGCCUGGAUGGUAUGUUGUUUUAAUGUCACCAAAAAGAUUGACGAAAGACGUAGACACACUUGAAGAUCCGACUCUGUUUUCCUCUUCUGGGGGCGAGAAUACAAAUUUAGAAAAUAUUAUAAAGGAAAUUGGCUAUGAGUUUUAGGUAAUUUUUUUGUUAUCAUAUUUUGUAUUGAUUCAUUUGACAUUUUAUCUAAUGUAAAAAAUAUCUUGGUAAAUGAAUUUAUAUUUGUAUGAUGAUUUCUUCUUAUUUAAAUUUGUGUCUAUAGGUGAGCUUGGACAUGUCAAUAGCAGAGGAGAACAUGUCAACUUUAUAAGCACACACAUUAAAAAAUAUAGGAACUUCAUCGUCGUUAAAAAAUAAGCCU